UGGAAAUAAAUAUCCAAUCCGGUGAUUCAAUUCAAUGCCUAUAAAAGACGUGCCCCAUUGCGUGUAUUCAGUCUAUUGCAUCUUCUAACCGUUCCCAAUAAUGGAGCGACCUUAAUUACAAAAUCACCCCUCUCCUCUUCUGUCCAUCGCUUUGGUCGUUCUUCUUUUUAACAUUUCACGCUCUCUCACUCCCUGGCCCGACCUGGUGGUAUCAGCAAUGGCAAAGUCGUCGACCCCCUCGACGACGCAGUUCCCGGAUAUUAAGCCGGAGAACUACUCCCACAGUCCCGUCCACUAUGCUGUUGCUCUGGGCGACCGCACCAGGCUCUCCAGAAUCAUCUCCACCCUGCCUCGACUCGCGGAUCCUGCUCAACUUCAUACCGAGUCCGAUUCCCUUGCUCAGGAACGUGUCGCUGACCACAUCUCCUCCGUACUCGACCGCCGCGAUGUCCCGCACAGAGAGACGCCUCUUCACCUGGCUGUCAGAUUGAACGACGCCGUGGCGGCUCGCUAUUUGGCCUCCGCCGGUGCUGACAUCUCGCUCCAGAAUUCAGCCGGCUGGAAUCCCUUGCAGGAGGCUCUUUGUCGCCGGAGCUCCGACAUUGCUCUUAUUCUCCUCCGAGUUCACCACCGCUCUGCUUGGGCCAAGUGGCGCCGCCGCUUGCCUCGCGUCAUAGCCGUUCUGCGCAGAAUGCGGGAUUUCUACAUGGAGAUUUCGUUCCAUUUCGAGAGCUCUGUCAUUCCCUUCGUCGGUAAAAUUGCCCCCUCUGAUACUUACAAGAUCUGGAAGCGCGAUGGUAAUCUCAGGGCCGACACGUCGUUGGCCGGCUUCGAUGGCCUGAAAAUCCAGCGCGCCGACCAGAGCUUCCUAUUCCUCGGGGACGGCGAUCAGAGCCAUGACAUUCCUUCUGGCUCUUUGCUAGUGCUCAACCGUGACAAACGCAACAUCUUCGACGCCUUCGAGAACGCCGGAGCGCCGAUGACCGAGUCCGACAUUGCCGGGUUCUGCUGUCAGACAAGCGUGUAUCGUCCCGGCAUGGACGUUACGAAGGCGGAACUCGUCGGAAGGACCAACUGGAGACGACAGGAGAAGAUCGAAAGCGUCGGGGAGUGGAAGGCUAGAGUUUACGAAAUCCACAACGUGGUGUUCAGCUUCAGAUCAAGGAAAGUCACAGCUGGCGAAGCAGACGUGGCAGGGAGCAAGCAGGUACUCCCUCUAGAGCUGGACGAAGACGAUGAUGGUUUCCUAGUGGCGGAGAAUCCGGAUUUCGGAAUUCCCGACAAGCGGAGGCACAGCAGCUUCGUAAGAGAAGAGAGGCACAGCAGCUUCGUGAGAGAAGACAGGGAAUUCGUAACGCUAGGGAGGAAGAGCGUGGAUUUACCAUCCGUAGUCGCUCCGCCACCACAUAGGAGAGCUAUUGCGGCGUCUGCGUCCGUGGUUCCGCCGCAGAUGAAGGAGAAGGAAUACGUGAGGAGCUUGAGGCCGUCGGUUUGGUUGACGGAGCAGUUUCCUCUGAAGACGGAGGAGCUCUUGCCGUUGCUGGACAUCUUGGCCAACAAGGUGAAGGCUGUGAGGAGGAUGAGAGAAUUGCUGACCACCAAGUUCCCGCCGGGGACAUUUCCGGUUAAGGUUGCAAUACCCGUGGUCCCAACGGUGAGAGUGGUAAUAACGUUCACAAAGUUCGUUGAACUCCAACCAACUGAACAAUUCUACACUCCAUUCUCAAGUCCAAGACAAUUGUUUCAUGGUGGAGAAGGAGGAAAAAGCCAAUCGGAGGAGGAGUACAAGUCACAGAGCAAUUACUCAUCUCUAUUUUCAUCAUCAUCAUCAUCAUCAUCGUCAUCAACAUGGCUGAGGCGAAAUAGCAGCCAAUCGGGGUCUGCAGGCAAGCAGCAACAGCAGCAGCAGCCAUGUGCUGCAAUGACACAAGAUUCCGACCCUUUCGCUAUUCCUAGCGGAUAUACAUGGACAAGUGCCGAUGACAAGUCUCGCAAAAUGAAGAAAUCCAAGUCCACAAGGAAGUCUAAUUGUAGAGAGAAAGAAAAGGAUAUUGUUGGUGGGUGAAUUCAGAAAUUUGCUUGUGUUGUUGGGGAUUUGCAUAUAUAGAAUGUAAUAUUAUAUAGUUUUUUGUAAUUUGAAAGUCAGUGUAGCAGUUAGAAUAUGGUGCUACAAGAGAGAUUUUGGGGAAACAUUUGUAGCUCGGAAAGUGUAUCAAACUCAUUUUUCUCUUUACUCACAAGUUUACUUUUCUUACUAUA